AUGAGCGCGUUGACUUCGGGUCUAAUCGUAAACCUCAUCAAAAUGUGUGUCCAAUACAUUGUCAACACAUUUAGAAGAUCUCCGACAUUAAAUACAAGUCAAGAACCGCUGACCAUUGGAUCAAACAAUGACAACGACUGCCAGACGGCCGACGAGGAGAAGAAGAAGAAGAAAUCGGAGAAAAAGAAAUUACAGAAAAAGAAAAAACGCGACAAAAAGAAGGCCGAAAAGGAGACACAGAAGGACUCGACCGCUAUCUCUUCGGCAGCCAAUCACUCGCAGAGUGACAGCUAUUCGGACGCCGAAGAGGACGAGCUGUCGUUCAACAGCGCAUUCGUGGCACAAAUUGCUCAAAGAAAGUCGAAACCCGCUUAUCAACAAAAAAGCGGAACCAAUACCGCGACGACUACUACGACAACAGCUCAACAACACAUACCAUCGCAAAGUGAUAUUCAAUUUAACGGCGAAACUUACCCCCAAAUGGUGAACGCAUUUGUCAUCCACGCCGCCAGCGGUGACGGCGACGGCACUGAAUCGGAUGCCGACGACAAAUACGUGUCGGACGUGGAGUACAAGCCGUCGGUUCGCGAGCGGCGGACGUCAACGCGUGACAGUCAGCGCCGAGAGUUGAGAGCCGAAUGGCUGGACCUACAGGUGAUCGCCGGUAACUUUCAGUACAUAUUCACUGAACUCGAGAGAGGGGUUUACGUGCAGUCACUCGUCGUUAUGAAUAAAUGCAUUCACAGAAUGAAUCGAUUGGAGAAGAAUUGGGAAUCGUAUAGCAAUGGCUCCAAGCGUUCGGUCGGUAUAAAGAGAUCUGUAUUCGUCUCGUAUUUCAGAAGGGCUUAUAGAGAGAGGCAACGUAUCGGACGUCGAUUAGUGUCCGCUUCGCUCAUCAAUAGUCUAAACCUGAGGCAAAUCGACUUUCACGGCCACCGCGUGUUUGAUGUGAAGAUUCUUUUACCCAAAUUUUUGCGCCAAAAGUAUAGCGAAAUGACUCGCAGUUCGCAUCAAAAGUUAGAGUUGCGUAUAAUUACUGGCUAUGGCUCACAGAAGUAUGUGUGCACUUCCGAUGCUCUCUCGGCAGCGAUGGACACGCCUUCCAGUCCUGUCCCGAGAGUGGACUCGCCUUCAGAUGAAGUUCAGGGAAAGAUUAAAUCGUUUGUCGAACUCUUUCUAAUAAAUAAUAAUUUAAAUUACUCGAUGGAGAACCCUGUCAUCUCAAGCCCCGGUGAUAGCGGACACUCAUUGGCGCAGACAAUGGCAGACUGUCUGACAGACGCCGAGUGCGAGAAACUGGUGGAAGAGUUGACCAAAUCUGGCGGAACCGCUCAGGGGUUAGACAAUCACCGCCUGAAACAACUGAAGACAUACUGUCGUCGCGGAGGCGCCGAUCGUAUUGACCGCGUGUUUCGACAGCUGUUCCACGCGUUGGCCGCCAAUCACUCGCAGAUCCGUUGCUCAGCCCUAUUGCUCAUCGACGAGCUGUUCCGGCGGUCGCAUCACUUUCGGCUCAGAGUUGUGGACAAUCUCUCGGAGUUGUUUGAGUUGUGUCUGGGAUUGAAGCCGAAGACACGGCCUCUGCCGAAGCCUAAGGCCUUCGCCGAACGGCUCCGGCAGUCGGCGAUCGACUCGUUAAGGAAAUGGACGCAAGAGUUUGGCGAAGGAUACGAGACGUUGCGAUCGGCGGUGAAGUACUUGACAGACAAUAGACUCGUAGACUUUGCCGAACGAGCCGUUCAGACCACUGAUGAGAGACAGGCGGCCGACGAAGAGCUCCGGCGGCGACAGAAUGUGAUGAAAACAAAGAUUGAGAAAUGUGUGGAAGAGUUGCGUGAAUUGUCACAAGAAGUGGAUUCAGUUGUCACUCAAAUUAACUCCUGUUUUGAGCUCUUGUUGCCCAAUAUGGCGGCCGAAGGACAAGACAUUGAGGGAUCAGAUGAUUAUUCCUCACGUGUGAAGCAUUUGACUGAUUUUUCGGUCGAUAUUUUGCUCAAACCGUUUGCUGAGAUUGUGGACAACGACGACACGAAUCCAAUCAUUAGUAAUCUUCGAGAACUUCACUCCGAAUUGUCUGCCAUUCUUGCGAAUCGACUCAAACCAGUGAUACAAGUGAUGUCCAAAGGGUAUGAUUUGUGCGAACCGGACCUCAAACGAGCCAUUGAUCUGAAGUACAGAAUGUCUGGCAUUCGGCAAAAGUUUGUCGAAUUGAAAAUCAUUAAAUCCGGUGAAGAGCUGAUCCCAAACCACACCAAAGAUUUGGACGAUUCGGACGACGACUUUGAAGAAGUGCCCGAAAAAGAAGGUCUGGAAAUGUUUAUACCGGAACACCUGCGCCACGAGUACGGACUCGAGCCGCUCGACCACAACCAACCGUCCACUUCGGGCGCCAGUAGUAGUAGUAGUGGUCAGUCGUCAUCGAAGCCAUCAUCGAGUGAAACCACAUCCACAGCAUUGGAGUGUAAAGCGAUGCUCCCGUCGGGCAAACUGUGUCCGCGCAGAGACGCCGUGAAGUGUCCAUUCCAUGGGCCGAUCGUUGAGCGCGACUUCAAUGGCGAACCGCUGGACGCAGAGCACCGACGACUGGACGCCUUGCGAAAGGCCAACGCUUUGCCCGAAUGGCAGAAUCCGCGACUUCUGCGCGAACUGAAGGCCUCGACGGGAAUCGAUUUGACGCUAAACUCGACCCGAAAGCGGGCGAAGAAGUUCCCCGAACUGCAGGACAUUAAACGCCCGGCCGCUGACUCCCGGCGACGACUCGAACGCCGAGUGUUUAACAAAGCGCGCAGAGAACGGGUGGACAAGGAUUUGAACGAAAUCCAGAGUAGAAAUCAGACGCACUUUGAAGACCAGUGGAACUACUCGUUGCAGAGUCUGUCCCCUCCCGGAGCGGAGCACUUAUUUAGGCUUUUGAAAGGGUUGGAGACCUUUUUUGAGCGGAUUGCACAUCCAGGCCUGUUUGUCGACACCACGAUUGGCCUGAAUAUGUUUGUAAAGGCAUUUGUCGCCGCGCGCGCACCCAGUCGUGCGCCAGUAGUAGCACUCGUCCGACUCCAGCCGAUGGUCGUAAUUGGGUUUCUUCUGGUCUUUAUUCGGUCGAAAGCGUAUCGUUAG